AUGCAUUUCACAACCCUCCUCAGCGCCAUCGCGCUCGCCACAACAGCAACAUCCCAACCAACAGCACGUCAAGCUCCUACAGCCAACGCAGUCAUCACGAUCGUCAACUCGGCCGAUCACAGCCGUCAACCCGUCAGAAUUCCUCUCGCGCAACUCACCACUCUCGACUACCAAGUCACCGAGCUGCGUCUCGAGAGUCUCAACGUCAAUAUCCCCGAUAUUGAAUCACCUGAACUCAGCGAUGUUGUUUGUCAGCGGUAUAAAGAUAAAUAUGGUGUUCAGCUUGGCAGCGUUGAGUUUAGUCAUGAGAAGCCGGCGCUGAUAAGUACCAACCCUGUGGAGUUUGGCUGGGUUUUGUGCUAUCAUAAGGAUAGGGCUUGA